AUGGAGCCGGUGGAAGCUAAAAGCUCUAGUUUUCGGAUUAGCUGACAGCUUGCUAGUUGGCCGCUCGGUCCUUUUGUGGUCAAACAACUCUCAGGAUGUCAGCACAACAAAGCACCGAUAAUCCAGAGACUUUGUUUUCAUUAGAGCUCUUGGUGGAAUAUAUUCGGAUCGAGAAAAGCUGUAACGCUACAGUUUCCGACGAUCUGGCUCUUGGUGUGCGGCUACUGGAUUUUCCAACUCUGCUAAUUUAUCAGCCCGAACAGAAUGAAAUGCGCAGGCCGGGAGAAUACGCCUUUAACAGAGGCAAGUGUUGUUUCUUCAAAAUGAACCUGAACUCACUGCACGUCCAUCUAUCCAACACUCCUCUCUACGCUAUGGUGCUGGAUGUGAAGGAGGAGACCCCCAAAUUAGUUGGCUCCUCUCUGAUAUCACUGGCUAAAGCGAUGGACACAAUCAGACAGGAAGUGUCUGAGCGUGGUGUCUCUAGUCCCUCUUCUCACAGAGAAAAGGGGGCUGUUGGUGUUUGCAACCUCAAGGGGGAGAAAAUUGGAACAAUAUCCCUGAGUUAUAAGCUGCUGUGUCUGGGAGCAAGUUUACUGCCACACAUCACGGAGAGGAGAGGCCUUGAAAGCACAAGUGUGUCUGGAGGACCACAAGAACUAGACUGCGUGAAGGAGAAAAACAAAUCUACAGAGUCAUUGCCUCGUGGGGGUGUUUCGGGAGAUGUCUAUUUACCAACAACGGACAAGUCAGAUUUAAGCAGAGACAUCGAAAACAACAGACCGGCAAAUGCAGAAAUCUUGUCAAGUGAGGAUAAGCUGGAUGAUGAUGCGGAGUGUGUUGCAGCUGAACACGGACCGACAAGCCAAACUGAAAACUGUUUUCAGGAGGAUUUAUCCGCAUUCUGUCCCCCACAUCUUUACUACAGCAAUUCUGCAGAAGAAAAAAGCAAAGCCGGUGAAGGGGAUUACAAAUUAUCGAAUUUUGACUCGGACGUUUUCACGUUUGAAGAAUCGUGUUCAGAGGACGAGGCGGAUGGAAAGGAAGCGGGAGGUCAGAGGUCUACAGUGGUGCACCAGAAAGAGACGCACAAUGCGGAGAUGUCAAACGGCCAGGAGACGAGAGGAGUGACUCAAAAUGUCCUUGGGGAAGCUUUACAACAGAUGCCUCUACUAAAUGCUCUUCUUGUUGAACUGUCACAGUUGAGUGGCCAGAACCCACACCAGUCCUUGACUGUUCAUCCCAGUUUAGCUUGGAUUUACAGACCUGCUUCCACAGAGCCUUCAACCAGGAGUGGAAACAAGGCACAAAAUAAAUCCCAAAACAGACAGGGGACUAGUCCCCAUUUAAAACACUUACACCCACCUAGAAACUGUUCUACACCUAUAGUACGGCCUCCAUCUGUAAAAGAGAAAGACCAGCACAAGGUAGCUUUAAUCAGGAGUAAAAGCUCUUGUAAAUCUCCCAGGAAGGAGCUCGUAUAUGGAACAACGAAAACAUUUAAUCUAAGGCUGAAGCACAUUUCUUCUCUCAAACUGGUAAAGCAUCGUGAAUGCAUGGAUUUGAUACAGAAGGAAACGGAGUUAAAUAUGGGCAAAGGGAAGACGCAGUUAGGUAAUAAAACUCUGAAGUCUAGCAAAAGAAAAUCGACAUACAGUCAGAGCUCUAACCUCAAUGAAAAUAUUGAGACAGCCAUGCAAAGGGUGACAGGGGAAUCUGUGUUACAACAAACGGUCACACAGAAACAGCAGCGUGGGAAAGUUCGUGGCAAACAUAACAGAGAGAUCUCAGAAAACCGUUCCGUUUCUGAAGGAGACUUGAAAUUUAUUCACAUCCCCAGCGUGGAUAGUGAAAGUUUUCCCCAAAGCAAAGACGAGAACAAGCUUCGCACCGAAUCAGAUCAAUCACAGUCUGGGUCUGACAGGGUGAGAGAGAAAAUUGAAACUUGGGGAAGCAGCAGACGCAGCAGCCCAAAGUCUUCGUUUUCAGACUCCAGUGGGGAAGGAAAUGAGGAAGUAGACUACGCUGAUGACUUUACCAGCCUUGAGCCCAGUGAUGCCUACUCUCCUGACCCUGUGAGUAGCCCCGAGCCCUCUAGAGCCAAGACUCCAAAGUCCCCCGUCGUUUUCGACUUCUGCACCUCCGACUCGGCAUCUGAAGGCGUCCAGAGGAGAGCGGCCGUCCUCCCCGUGCCCGUCAAAGCCUCCAGUUCUCCACAGCGCGCCCUGAGGGGUACGCACAUCAUCCGACCUCGCACUCACAACUCGGCCCUCAGCUUUUCCUCCGACGACGCCGACAGGGACCGGUCGGCUUCUUUACAAACGGUGUGCUCCAGAAAGCAGACGAGGGUGGAACAGAGCUCCGGUGCUGAGAGUUUCAUAUCAUCGAGAAGUAAAAGGAGUGAGCCAGGCAGGAACGGCGUAGCUGUUCGAGGAUUCUCUACAGAGUCGGUGUCCUCCUUCGAACCUCAGGAGGCAGAGGAACUGGAGGAUGAGCUUGGAUCUUUGGAUUUCAAAAAGGAGUAUCAGCACAUCUCUGAGCUAGUAGCCAACAAACUCCCCGGGUACACUAUGUAAAGACAUAAUUCACAUUAUUGCAUUACCACAUUUCUAUAAUCAAGUGACACAGAUGAGCUUUAACUAUACACUUUUAAGCAGUUGGGACAACUUCUAAUUAGGUAACUUGUUUUGCUUAUGUAUUCUUUUAAUAAAGAGCAUUUUUAAGGACA